CCAGAUGAUCACUCAUUCACAUAUAUUACUACUGUGGGAGAGCAGUGAGAGAGAGAGAGUGUGUGUGUGUGAGAGAGAGUGAUGGCGUUCAUGUUUGGAGUCCGUGUAGCUUCCUACUGUUUAGGUGGCGCUGCGGUGAUCAUCACCCACGAGGCCACCAAAACCACUACACAAAAUCUCUCCCACUGGCUCAACGCUAAUAAGCAUAACCUUCGCCAUCCAUGGAGAUGGAGCCGCUCACCUGAUCCCAAUCCCCAGCCCGAGCCCAACCACGCCGUCAACGAGGAGCCAGAUGAUGACGAUGAUGCCGUCAGCGAGGAGUCGCUCCCAUGCCCAUACCACUCUGCCGACUCUGCCGCCCUUAUAACCUGCGAGCCAAUUAGGGUGGCUGGACCGAACGUGCCGACGGGGGCACCUUCCGUCUUAGCGGCCGUCAACGAGGAGCCAGAUGAUGACGAUGAUGCCGUCAACAAGAAGCGGUUUCCAGUCGACUCUGUCGGCCGCGGCCUCACCUGCGAGCCAAGGGCUAAACCAUAUGCACCGAACGUGCUGGAGAGCGCCGAUAAGCCGGAUCUCGUCCCCGCUGCUGGCGCCGUUGGUUCCGUUUCGGAUCGACCGGACGACGCUAAACCGAAUUCUGGGAUCGGCGUUUUUCUAUUGAAGGCGGGUGACGCCGUCAGAUCAACGUGGGGGAUGAAGCUGUUUCGGUGGCUCCCCGUCGACCGCUUCUGCAACAGCAGCAAGGGAGCACCAGGGGACACUGGAUGGACGGUGGAUCCCGACUUUUGGGAUAAGAUCGGACGGAUCACAAAGAAGAUACUGCUCUGGGCUGUGGAGUACGUGAUACUCGAGCUAGUAAAGAACAAAAAAGUAUGGCGCCAAUUUUACAACAUUGUGAAGGCUGAGCUCAAGGUUACAACAUUGUGAAGACUGCACUCAGGUGACGGCAAACUAAAUAAAAAGCAGCGUGUGUUUGCAGUCUGAUGUCGGCGGUGAUACAACUAUGAAAUUCCUAAUCUUCGUUUCUUAAAAUCUCUUAGCUGUAAAUGCUUGUAAAUGUUUAAGUUGUAUGUGAAGUCUCUUCUUGUUCUGCGUGGAACUUUGCAAAGUGGUACCAACUAUAUAAUGUAGUAUUAUUAAAUGUUAAUGAUGGAUGUUUGUUAGCUUUGAA